AUGACAAUAGAACGGAAACUCAACGCAACAGCGCAGCUCUCCUUGGCCCAAAGGUCAGCUAUAGUCUCUGCCCACAAGAAAGGCGCCACGCAAGUCCAGCUAGCCGAAGAGUUCGGCUGCACGCGCAAGACCAUCUACAAUACGCUCAAGCGCUAUUCCGAUGGCGAGAAACUCGAGAAUCGUGAGAAAGCAGGCCGUCCCCCUAUUCUGAGUGAGCGUACUUGCAAUUACAUCUAUUUACAGGCACGUCGGCAUCCGAAUUGGACGCUUGAAGAGCUCAGUGCUUCUAUCGCUGAGCAUCCGUCUAUUUCCACUGUACGCCGCAUUCUGAGGCGAUUUGAGCCUGCUAAACGCGUGAAUCGGAAGAGUGCGUAG